CCCGAACGCUUCAUGAAACUGGCAAAGAAAUUUUAAAUCAGUCGGAACUGCAGGUGGAUAUAGUUAGUGGAAAAAUGCACUUGUCAUGUGUCAUUCGAUUUCUGCUUUUAGCAAGUUUUAGUCAGGCAGCUCUUGGAAGGGGAUUUCUAAACAGAAAACCCAUUCAAAUUCACGAGGAUGGGAGCACCACAGAGAGUUCUACGAAUCCCACACCUUCCCCCACAACAACACCUUCGAAUAGGGACAUUACCAUCGGACCCUGCAAAUGGGCCAUAGGUCGUAGUUGUCCCGAUCCGGAUGUUAAGUACUAUAUCUAUACACGCCACAAUCCGAUGGAUAGACAGUGCCUUCAUAUAGACGAGUCCCUGGAGAAGUCUAAUCUGACUGACUCCUACUUCAAUCCUCGAUAUCCCACGAAGAUCAUUAUCCAUGGCUAUAACUCGGAUAUGUUCCUGCACCCACUGCAACAAAUGAGAGAGGAAUACCUGGCCAAGGCGGACUAUAAUAUCAUCUAUGUUGACUGGAGUAUCCUGUCGCCAGGACCCUGCUAUAUAAGUGCCGUUCAUAAUACCAAACAUGCUGGAAUCUGCACCGCCCAGUUGGUAGAGAGAUUGGUGGAGACGGGUAAUACGGAUAUCCAUGUGAUAGGCUUCUCAUUGGGAGCUCAGGUCCCCAACUAUAUAGCGCGGAAUCUGAGUUCUUUUAUCCUGCCAAGGAUUACGGGUUUGGAUCCGGCUAUGCCUUUAUUUAUCACCUCCGGCAUUGCGGACAAACUGGAUCCAAGUGAUGCCAGCUAUGUGGAUGUCAUACACACAAAUGCUCUGGUUCAGGGAAAAUUGGAGCGAUGUGGCCACGCGGAUUUCUACAUGAAUGGGGGAAUCAUGCAGCCUGGUUGUAAUGGACAGAAAAUUAAUUCCUUUGCCUGCAGUCAUCAACGGGCACCCGCCUACUUUCUGGAAUCCAUUCGCUCACCCAAGGGCUUUUGGGGAUGGGCCUGCAGUGGAUACAUAUCCUACCUCCUGGGCAUGUGUCCUCCCACGAACUUUCUGCUGGAGGCUGGUGACAAUAUAAGACCGACUACGAGAGGAAUGUUCAUGAUAGACACCAACGAUAGCUCACCUUUUGCUCUGGGCAAGUGGACUGACCUGCCCACUCUGGGAGCAAAGAAACCACAUUGGCGAGCUCCGCCGCAGAACCUGAAGGCGCCUCCAAAUCAGGGUGUGGAUCCCUUGCUGCAUCACAUCGAUCAGUUUGGCAAAUUGGCAGCCAACUUUAAUAACUUGCAGAUGUCUCCCAGUGGGCAGGAUCCCUACGAGCACUGGACGAGCUUCAGUCCGGAGCAGAAAGAGAACGAUGAAGAUAAUGAUUCGGUGGAGGAACAGGACACGGUGGAAUUUAUCGAACCAGAUGACCGACAAAUCAGUACUCAGGCUCCAAUACUUAGCUGGUGGGAUUACAGAAGGAAUCUCACCUAUGGAUUCAUGGAGAACAACAUAUUUGCUUUGCCAACAGUGGAUUAGCCCCCAAUUUAUGCUUUAAGCUUUUAAAAACCCUUCCUUGCCCCAAUUCCUUAAUAAUAUUUAAGAGCCACCUUAGCUAAUAUUCAUAUUUGCAAAUACAAUGCGUAUAAACAAGU